GAUGUUUGUGAUUAACUUAAGUCAUUCUGUAUUUGGUUUCAUCUCAGUAAAGCCGUAAACCAGAGAUUUCAGGGAUAGAUUUGCAGAUUGUUUUUAUCAUGUUUCUUAAUAUAUUGCACGGCAGAAUCAGAAAUAUUAAAUUCCUAUUUUUUUUUGUAAUUACCAUUUAAUAACAAACGAUGGUUCAUUUGAAUUUCAAUCAAAAAUGUAGCGAAUAUUUGCAUAUGUGACUGAGUGAGUGAGAGAGAGAUGUGAUCAGAUGUAUACGUCAGAGCUCGUCUACUGAGAGCCUUGGCAUUCUAUUGAGCCCAUUGUAUCGAACUUGGUUGCAGUUCCAUUAGAAUUCCACUGAGAGUGGUCGCUUGAGUGCAGAUGAAUGGGGGUCAAUGGGGCUAGAUGGCUAAAUGUAUCUCUUUCACCUUGUCGUGGAAAUAUCACAGAUUUUAUUGUGAGGUUCUCCGGUCCCCUCUUCUUCUGGCUGUCGGCCGUCCUGGUAGUCCUGGCUGCUCAAGGAGAACCUAAAUAUUUAGAAGUGGGAACAACGCUCACCUUGGAGCCAGACGUUUCCACUGUUCAAAAUCCAAUCGACAGCAUCAGGUGGAAGUACGGCACCGCCUUGGUGGUGGAUUGGGAUCCGAGCGGCCAUACAUACUAUGGGUCAUUCAGAGGACGCACAACGUUGGAUCCACAAACCCUGCGGUUGGUCAUCAAUCCUUUGACCUUGGCUGAUAGCGGACAGUUCUCCUUGGAGACAAAUCUUGGAACAGUCGGGACUCAUGAGGUUAAAGUCAUCAGGCCUCCUCCGACGCCCAGUAUAAAGACCCAGCCUCUGUGUAACGUCACUUGUACUCUGAAGUGUUCCGCGGACACCCAGGAUCUGGGACCGGUCUCCUACGAAUGGAAGAAAGACGAAGGAGAGUGGACCAAGGGUGACGAGCUGAAGAAUAUCAGCAGUUCUGAUACCCCUGAAAAGUUCUCCUGCAGGCUGAGGACCCCUGUGAGGACCAGCAACACCAGCCUGCCCAUGGAAAAUCCACUCUAUAAACCACCAGGAGCAGCCACAGAGGGGGGAGCAGUGACAGGUCCCCCUUCAUCUCCUGGUGUCACUGAGGAUGGGACACGAGGAGCAGCCACAGAGGGGGGAGCAGUGGCAGGUCCCCCUUCAUCUCCUGGUGUCACUGAGGAUGGGACACGAGGAACAGCCACAGAGGGGGGAGCAGUGGCAGGUCCCCCUUCAUCUCCUGGUGUCACUGAGGAUGGGAGACGAGGAGCAGCCACAGAGGGGGGAGCAGUGGCAGGUCCCCCUUCAUCUCCUGGUGUCACUGAGGAUGGGAGACGAGGAGCAGCCACAGAGGGUGGAGCAGUGGCAGGUCCCCCUUCAUCUCCUGGUGUCACUGAGGAUGGGACACGAGAUGGUUUAACUUUUGGGGAUAUUUUCGGAAUAAUUAUAAUAUUAUGCAUUGUUGCUGUAAUUGCUGCUGUAACUUCUCUGCUGAAGUGUCGUCCAGAACAUCCAUUUUCCAUACGUCUAAAGAAUUGGAUACCUUUUUACAAGAAACCUGCCGAUCCAGUCCUUGUCAAUGUAGUCCAAACAGCUGUUCCAGUCCAAACAGCUGUUCAAGUCCAACCAGCUGUUCAAGUCCAACCAGCUGAUCAACUCCAACCAGCUGUUCCAGUCCAAACAGCUGUUCCAGUCCAAACAGCUGUUCCAGUCCAAACAGCUGUUCCAGUCCAAACAGCUGUUCCAGUCCAACCAGCUGUUCCAGUCCAAACAGCUGUUCCAGUCCAACCAGCUGUUCCAGUCCAAACAGCUGUUCCAGGCCAACCAACCAAUCCAGGCCAACCAGCUGUUCCAGUCCAAACAGCUGUUCCAGUCCAACCAGCUGUUCCAGUCCAAACAGCUGUUCCAGUCCAACCAGCUGAUCAACUCCAACCAGCUGUUCCAGUCCAAACAGCUGUUCCAGUCCAAACAGCUGUUCCAGUCCAACCAACCAAUCCAGGCCAACCAGAUGAUCCAUUCCAACCGGCUGUUCAAGUCCAACCAGCCAAUGGAGUCGCAGAACUAGAGAGUCUCCUGCCUCAGCAACCUGUAACUGGGGAUUUGGAGAUGGAAACAUUAAAUAAUCCAGAUUCAAAUGAAGACCUAUAAGUAGUCACCC